AUGACCAAGCGCACUAAGAAGGUCGGUAUCACGGGUAAAUAUGGUACCAGAUACGGUGCCUCCCUGCGUAAGCAGGUGAAGAAGAUGGAAGUUACCCAGCACGCCCGCUACGUCUGCACCUUCUGCGGAAAGAACACCGUCAAGCGCCAGGCUGUUGGUAUCUGGGAGUGCAAGGGUUGCAAGAAGACCGUUGCCGGUGGUGCCUACACUGUCUCGACACCCGCCGCCGCUGCCACCCGCUCCACCAUCCGUCGUCUCAGAGAAAUCGCGGAGGUUUAA